AUGAGGAAUGAAAUUGAAUACCCUCCUAACUGUCUGCCAAUUUCUACUACUUGUGGAACCAGUGAUUUAGUGAAAAGGUUAAAGACUUUGUCGGAAGCCUUACAGGUGUCUGACACUAACGAUGAGUGCAAUCGACAUGAUCGCUACGGCCCACUCAUAUGUCAUCUGGCCAGUGCUUGUUUCCUGGAGAACGGAAACAAAGACGUCCAGAUCUGGCUAGCAUGUUGCUUGGCUGACAUUUUCCGUAUCUUUGCUCCCAACGUUCCCCUUGGAGAUCCUUCCCAACUUAAGGAUGUACUGAUCUUUAUUGUACGAACUUUGAGGGGUCUGGAUUCUCCAUCAAAUCCUUUAUUUCGUCGUUAUUUCUACCUUGUUGAGAAUCUUAGCGUAGUUAGUACUUUGGUGUUAGCCUUGGAGCUACCUCAUGACGAGGCCAAUGAGGUAAUUCGUACAUUGAUUAAAACCGCAAUGGAAAUUGCAAAUGGUAAGGAGUGGAAGAAUGAUAACCGUGAAGCCUCGGAAGAGGGAGGUGCGUCUGAUGAAGGAGAAGAACGAAGCGAAGUUCGGGAUAAGGUCAUCGGGUUUUUGAUUGGGAUAAUAUCCACACUACUCAGAGACGUAGAUCAAGUCUCUGAUGAUAUACUAGAUUUGCUGUUCUUUUACCUUAUCAACCCACAGAAGUUAAACAAUCGUGAGUCCUACAACAUGGCUCGUCAAAUUAUUCAUGUUACUCAGACCUCUCUUGAGGCUGCUAUUCAAUCAGCAGAUGAUGAUCAACAGCGAUUGUUGGCUACCAGAUUUGUUGGAAAGUUAGCUUCUAGCGAAAAAUCCCGUUUAUGUGACGACCAUCCUGAUUUGUGGAAACUCUAUAUGGACAGAUUUAAGGACAGUUCCGCUGAGAUAAGGGAGGCGUGCGCAAAAGACUCUCAUGAAAUACUUCUUCGACAUAGCCAGCUUAGGGGACAAAUCUCAUUGGCACUUGGGAGACUAACACGAGAUCUGGAUGAUCCAGUUCGGCUCACCGCUGUUCUCUGCAUUAUUGAAACUGCGAAGAAGAAAUUAGAAGCUGUCAAUGAAUCACUUAUUUUGGCAUGCUGCGACCGAAUGAAAGACAAAAAGCCUAAAAUACGUCAAGAAGUUAUUGCUAAACUUCUACAUUUAUACUUCAAAGUAGUCAUGGGUGACGAGUAUACAGCCUCCGAAACCGCCGCCGUCACUGUUAUUCCUGAGAAGGCUCUGGCGCUCUAUAUGCUUGCCAGCAUGACAGAGGAGAAGUCAAUGAUUGAACGUUAUUUUUCGUCUUAUAUCAUCCCGUAUAAAAUGGGAAUAAAGAAACGCAUUAAGUCAAUGGUGGACCUUUUCUGUAAGCUGGAUAAAUUCGAAUCUCAGUACGUACCAUUCAUUUUAAUGGUCCGGAACUAUGUUCGUGUAUUGUUCUUCUUAAUGCGUAGAGUAUUUGCUGAAAUAGUGGCGCGGUCAUCAUGCCAUCGUCGCAUUCUACGCGAAAUGUUAGAUAUUAUUUCCCGACAAGGAUCAUCUGAAGAUAAGGCUCAAUUGGAAUCGAAAAUUCAACGCAUCAGUAGUACUUACCAUGAUUCAAAUGGGUUCUCAAUCGCUUUGAAACAUUUCGCAAAUCUUCUGUCAACGGACCAAAAGUGUUUUGAAUAUGGUGAAUAUCUGGUAUCGAAUGAAUACACGACCGCAAAAGUUGAAGAGAUUUGUAAAGAACUCAUACGCCGUUCUGCAGAAGUGGGAACGAUUCCAAAAGAUUGUCAGACAAAUAUUCGUCGUUAUAUAGAAAGAGUCGCUCCACUUAUAAUGGACCAGGAGAGCACUAAUGAAUUGUUGCGAUUGUUAGUCCACUUGAAAAACGAUGCCGAAUGCGGAAAUACCGAUGCCAUUACCAAGUUGCCUAGGUUGUUACGCUUAACGAAGAUCUGGGGCGAGUAUUUUCCUCACAUUUUUACUCGAAUGGAUUGUAUUCAAGGGCUUUUAAGAAUUGUAGCCUCUGAUGAUCCGAACAUAGUGGAGGCUGGAUUGCAAGUGCUUUAUUAUAUAACUCUUCAGUCCACUUUGAAGACAAAAGACCAAGAUUGGAGUAAUGUUGUUCUGUCUGAAGUUUGGAAUGUAAUUACUUGCGAGGAUAAGAACUUUCGUCGAUGUUCCAAGUUAGCCGUUCGCAUCGUAUGUCGCCUGCUUACCAGGGAAGAGUGCGCACUACGGUUCAAUCGCAUUUUUUCGGAUAUAGAGGAGCGUGUGUCAUUGGAUAAUCCUGCUGCAUGCAUAAAUGCACUACAGGUGAUCUCUGAGUUUCACCGUAAUCUGCCUCUUGAAUUCGGCUGUCGUGUAAAAGCCCUGAUUACUGAUUUCAUCGUUCCCGGUCUUGUCCUAAGCCCUGAAACAGAUGAUGGUGCUGCCGAAUCGCUGGAUCCUCUCAUUCCUCUGGAAGAACGACCCGUUUCACAAUACUGCUUGCCAAAGGUGUAUGGAAUGAAAUUGUUGACCCGUUAUCUCUUCGCAUGCAAUGGCGAUGUGGAAAAUGACGCUUUGGCGUCGAAAACGAUUAAAAUGUUUGUAGCAUUUAUACAGGCUGCAGGUGAUUUGCACGAUCCGGACAAACAUAUUUCUUUGACCGAGAAAGCUUGGUUGCGCGCCGUUGCUGGUGUCUCGCUACUCAAACUGUGUUACGUACAGAAAUAUUCACAAAUGAUGGAUGCGGGAAUGUUUGCCACGCUCGCUAAUCUGAUGACUGAUACUGAGGAUUGUGUUCGCAACUACUUUGUUAAGCGAUUAAACAAAGGAAUUAUGAGGAAUAGGUUGACAAUAGAAUAUUUGUCAUUUUUUUCGUUAGUGAAUCUUGUGAACGCAACGGGACUGGAGGAGAAUGCUGUGAAAAAUUAUCGCGAUCAGUGUCGUGCUUUUCUGUUGUCAGCAGUAACUCGACGGCGACAUCUUAUUCAGUCUUCGGGAUUUUCAUCUGCAUAUCUUCCGUAUCAUCAACCAGAGUACACCAUUGCAUACUCAAUAUGGCUGCUUUCACAUCAGCCAUUACUGACGAGUCACUCAGAUUUGGCUAAUAUGGCUGCCCUGCAGGAGUGUUUAUGGUUUAUGAUGGAACCUUUCAUGGCAAAGAAGGAAACCACUGAUUUUGAGUUUAUCCAUCAUUUGCUGCAGUAUAUAAAGGCAACCAGUGAUGCUUUAUUUGAGAACAGAUGCAAAGGCGGAGAAAUCGGUCAGGCUCAAAUCAUUGGGCAAAACAAAAAAAUGUGGGCCUUAGCGGACAUGGGUGUAUUAAUGUUAGUGUACAGAGGAAAGGUAACUAUUCGUAACGAGCCACGAAAACCAGUGCUUUCUGCUCGAUUCUUUGUUCGAAGUAAGAACGCUGAACACUUAGCAAUGGUCUAUGCACCUGAAGAGUUGAUUGAGGACGAAAAACAACGAAAUGGGAAAAUUCCAACACAUGAAAGGCGACGAUUUCUUAGCGCAAACACAAAUACUAGUUUAGCCAAAAGACCAGGCACUAAAAAUAUUGCGGGCGUGAGGAAAGCUGCGGGGAAGGAACUGGAUGAUAGGAACGUCAUCUCAUCUCCAAAGAAUAUUGGUGAUGCUACUGAUGACUUCUUGCCGUCUACAUCGGGAGGACAAGUAGCAGCACGCAGUUUACGUAGUCAUCCGACAGAACAGGUGUUGCGAGAUGCAAAAUCGCCCACUCAACUGAAGACGUUAUUGCGGGGUAGAUCGCAUAACAUACCACUGUCCACUUCAACACCAAUGCAACCAAUAUCAUCUCCUUCAAAAGUGAAAGCAAUCGAUAAAAAAGUUGGUAAACGGAGCCAAACUUUGACAGCGGAUGACCAUGAAAAGCCGAAGGCAAAAAGGAAAGCCGAUGUAGCCAAAGUACGAGAGCGCUCACACAAACCUAACGCACCAAGUAGAUCUGGAGCACUUUCUCGGUCAGAAGCAGCACGAAAGAUGAAAAGGAAGACAUCGUCAGAUCCUGUAAGAGUAAUAAGAACUCGACGCAGCAAGCUCCCGUAA